AUGCGGCUUGGGCGGCCGGCGACCGUGAGGGCGUCCGGCCCGCGCGAGCGCGCCUUGGCGUCCUGCGGAACCGCCGGGAUCGUCCGGCGGCUCAGAUGGGCGCCGCUGCGUCGGGGAGGGUCCCGUCGCGCGGGGCGCGUCGCCGCCCCAAUGCGCGCCGUGGACGGCGGCGAGAGACCGCAGCCAGACACACCGCGUGCCCCACCGCCUAUGGCUUCCCAGUCUGCGGACGAGCCGUCGCCGAUCGAGAAGUUUCUGAACCCCAGCAAGGAUGACCUCCCGGACGACUUUCAGAUGCCCGUGUGGGACCACCUGGAGGAGCUGAGGGAGCGCGUGCUGGUGGCCACGAUAGCGUGCGGCGUCGCCGUCCUCACGUGCUUCGUGUUCUCCAAAGACCUGGUUGUGUUCCUGGAGGCGCCGGUGGCGGCGCAGGGCGUGCGCUUCCUGCAGCUCUCGCCUGGAGAGUUCUUCUUCACUACGUUCAAGGUGGCAGGCUAUGCUGGUCUGUUGGCAGCGGCACCCACCGUCAUCUAUGAAAUCGUGGCUUAUGUCAUUCCAGGCUUGACACGUUCGGAACGGAAGACUCUGGCUCCUAUUGUCUUUGGAUCAUCCAUUCUCUUCUAUGUUGGACUCCUUUUUUCCUAUGAGAUCCUGACCCCUGCUGCUCUGACCUUCUUUGUUUCUUACUCGAGUGGUGCGGUGGAGUCCCUAUGGUCCAUAGACCAGUACUUCCAGUUCGUUCUGGUUCUGAUGCUCUCCACAGGCCUGGCAUUCCAGGUGCCAGUGAUCCAGAUCCUUCUUGGGCAGACAGGCAUCGUGACCUCGCAGAUGAUGUUCGCCCAAUGGCGGUACGUGGUUGUGGGGGCAACCAUCGCGGCUGCCGUCCUCACGCCCUCCACUGACCCCUUCACGCAGACCCUCCUGGCUGCGCCCCUCAUCGCGCUCUACAUGGGGGGAGCCGCCGUCGUGAAGGCCCUGGAGACUUCUAAGCAGACCCAAGAGGCAUAA